AUGGCUACUAGUACGGCGUUGAAACGACCCGCUGAGGUCGACAUUGGCAUUUUGUCCAAGAAGCCUCGAUUCUGUGGAUUUCAGCCUGAUUCAGAGAACAACUCUGUAUACUCACCCGGAAAGUCAACCCCUGGGUCACCAGAUGAUACCCAUUCCGACGGCACCGACAUUACCCAUCCUUCACCCAAAGGAGAGGCUCGGCGACUCAAUGCAUACGUCUGCCCAUUCGACGGCUGUGGAAAGACCUACAAUAGGCCUUGCCGGCUAGAAGAUCACAUUCGAUCACAUACGCAAGAGAGACCGUACGUGUGUACGUACGAGGGCUGUGACAAGUCGUUCCUCCGCGACACUCACCUCAACCGACAUAUCAAGUCCGCACACACCAACGAGCGCAAAUACGCCUGCGAGCAUGAAGGUUGCGGUAAAAGCUUCCUCACUAAUCAGCGUCUCAAAGCCCACCAGCAAGUGCACUCCAACGCCGAGCGAUUUCGCUGCACCGACUUCCCACCCUGCAACCAGACCUUCCGCAAACACAAGACCCUUCAAGCGCAUAUCGUCUCGGCGCACUUUCACAAGAAGCCUUUCCAAUGUGCUUAUGUUGACGAGACUACCGGCCGUGCUUGCACUCAUGCCUACGAAACGCGCCAGAAACUUGAGAACCAUACGAACCGCGUGCACGGCGGGGAGCGCUUUUUUUGCACAAUCUGUGGGAACGAUGAGCCCGAAGAAAUUAUGUACAUGGACGACGGCUUGUCGAUCUGUACGUCUGCCAUGACAUCUGGCGCAGGUUUCAAGACCUACAACGCUCUUCAGACACACAUCAAGGAAGUCCAUCCGCCAACCUGCGACCCAUGCGGGCUGGCCUUCGGCACACACCGCGAGCUGCGGCGACAUAUCGAGCUAUCACACCCUUCCACUCUCCCUCUAUCGCAGCAGAAUCGCUCAAAUGUCUGCGCCGAGUGUGGGAAGUCAUUCACAAAGCCCGGGAACCUCAAAGUGCAUAUCCAGGUCGUACAUCGCAAAGACCGCCGCUUCGCCUGCCUCACUUUUGACUUCGUUGACUCAAAACACGCGGAACUCGUAGCCUGGACUAAAGAGAAUGCGUGUGAUGCUGCGUUCACGACCAAACAACAACUCGAAACACACGUGCGCACCGAACACCUGGGGAUGGAGAGCGCAUGGCACGCAAAGCGGCGCGCGAAGUUGAAAAGCUCGAACGUUGAAGUACGCAAAGCCGCGGGCACAUAUCACGGCUCAAGCACGAAAAGAUUACCGCUCAUGACGGAGCUGACGGGCGUGGGCUACGAAGACUAUCGGCCGAUCGCAUGUCUGCGGAGUGGUUGCGAUACACGCUUCUACCGGGACUACGACCUACAAGUCCAUUGCUCAACGGCACAUGGCAUGGCCGAUAUCGAGAUUGCGGAAGCUGUGCGUGAGAGGGAGGCACUCAGCGGCGGCCAGUUCUGGCUCGGAGGCGUGGAUCCGAAUGAGGCGGACGAAGACGACAGAUUAUGGAAUGCUGGUGGAGGCUUUGCCGACUUCGAUGCUGAUGGCACGAUACCCCAGGGACCACCACUCGCAAAUAGCGACGGCGAGGACUACAAUAUGGCGGACGCAGUGAUGCAGUUCCUGCACAGCAGCGACCCUUGA